CGCCAAUUCACCCUCGUUUGAACUUGUUCACUGUAUCAGUCUUUUAAUAAAUCUUGGAGCCAUAUAUAUUUCAGAUAUAAGCAAAGCAGCUACAUAUUUCAACAUGCGUCAAUCAGUUGUCCUCGUUUCUCUGCUAGCCAGCACAACUUUGGCCCAAGAUGUAGUCUCAUUCUUUUUUCCCGGUGGUUACGAAGGGGAUGCUCCUGUCGCCACAAUCAAGACCGCGAAUCCGUCUACUACCGCAAUGCACAUCGCAUGCGCAACAGGAGUUGAUGCCACUGAAUGCGGUUUCGGCACUGGUGUUGACGUCAGAGUCAUCUCUGGCACGUCCUUCGAAGGCACCAUGUCUGCCGAAACCUACACCAUGAGCUACAACUGCGACUACAAUACCAAGGCAGUCGAGAUGACCUGUACUGCAGACAUGACGGGCCAAGACCCCCAAACUGCAGUGCUCUCUGGAAGCGAUGUCGCCUUCGUUCCUGCAACCGUCGUGCAGGGUGCAGAGCUCUUGAAGGAAACUGCAAGUGCAACCGCUGCCAGUGCGACUGCAUCCAUGACCUCAAGUCUCGCCAGCGCUACCAGCACAGGAAUCAAGACAAGUGCCAGUGUGGCGUCGGGUGCAUCUGCGGCCGUGUCGAGUCAUGUCUCUGGUUCUGCAUCAACGCCCACAGCCAGCGGUUCCGCUGCCACUGUGAGUACUGGUGCUGCGGCAGGAUCUGGUAUUGAACGGUCGACCUUGCUUGCUCUGGUCGGUGCUGCUGUUGUUGCUUUGUGGUAGUAGUUAUGUGGAUGAUUAAUGGUUGGAGCUAGUUGCAGCUCAGAAAAUAGGAAGUGGCCAGAUGUUCCAGGCGGCUAUCGUAUGCACAUGCUUCGGAAUCUUUGUCGGUCGGUAGUGGAUGACGAGGAUGGCUGAGGGACAAUCUUUGCAAAGGGUAGCUGAUUUGGUUCUCGACAAAUAUAUCCACUGAGCUUGUAUGGAAAGAGUACUUGCUCACUCGAAACAGU